AAAAUUUUACAACUUGAGGCAAUUUCCCAAAGAAAAUCCCCAAAACCUAGGGUUUUUACUCUGGUCCGAUUUUUUCCCCUUUUUAUUAAAUACUUCGAUUUGCUGCCAGCCUGGUUUCGAGAAGAUCUUGGGGCUUAAAAUUUAUUGGAGUUGAGGGGAUUUUGCUGUGAAUUCUUGCUGGAGAUGCAAUCGAAACCUGGGAGUGGAAAUGAAGCAGAAGCCCGUUCCCAUGUUGUUACCCAGCCGAUGAUGUAUCAUGAACGAUGGUGGCGAAAUAAUGCCUUCGGUAUGGAACCCCAAGCGGGACCUUCUGGAAUUCCAUCGAAUUCAUCUUCGUUGGAAUGCCCAAACGGCUCGGAGUCUAAUGAAGUUCAGUCAGCAUCUGAAGAUGGUGCACUGAAUGGAGAAAACGAUGGGACUUUAGAAAACCGUGGACAAGAUGGGAAUGACUCAGCCCAUAUGUCAUCUUUGCCUGUCAUGCAUGAUCAACAGCUUGCACAACCUCCGGAGCUUGUUGGACACUACAUUGCUUGUAUAUCAAAUCCGUAUCAGGAUGCAUAUUAUGGGGGAAUGAUGGGAGCAUAUGGUCAUCAGCCAGUGGGUUUUCCUCCAUAUAUUGGGAUGCCUCGCGAGAGAACUGCUUUGCCACUUGACAUGACACAAGAACCUGUUUAUGUGAAUGCAAAACAGUACGAGGGAAUUCUAAGGCGAAGAAAGGCUCGUGCCAAGGCGGAGCUUGAAAGGAAAGUUACUAAAGAUAGAAAGCCAUAUCUUCACGAGUCACGUCACAAGCACGCGAUGAGAAGGCUGAGAGCUAGCGGAGGACGAUUUGCCAAGAAAUCCGAGCUCGAAGGAGCAGAGAGUGGAACAAAAGAGAGAGAAACAGGUUCUGCUCAAUCCCAAUCCGCCACCAACUCAUCUGGUUCUGAGCCUGUUCGAACUGACUCUGUCGAUACCCCGGAUUCUUCGGGGGCAGCAUAACUCAACUUGACUGACCUUGGCCUAUAUCUAUCACCAACCGGCAAAUCAUUCUUGGCUUCUUUUUUUUUUUCUUUUUGAAUCGGGAUCGAGGGAAGUUCAUGCAUGCCGCAGAGGUAGCUGUUGUACAGUAGAGAGGGUGUCGAUCUUGGGUUUUAGGUUUAGAUUCGGGUUUUAGGGUUUAGAUUCGGAUACGGGAUGGGGAAUAGCAAGUUGUCGGAUUCUUUCCUUUUCUGGUUGAAGCCGAGUCUAGAAGAAUUAGGGUAAAGCUUUCAUUUCGAGCCUUGAAGAGUGUUACUGAUUGUGAGAUAUGUGUUGCUUACAUUCGUUUUGUCCCUACGCUUCUUGUUUCUUGAGACAUUUGAAAUGCCAGUGUCAAGAGAAUGAUGGAACGUUUUCGGUUUAACCCGGUUUGGUUCCGGUA